GUCUCUCACCAGCAGCAUAUAGUGAUACGCGGUAUUUCAGCACUGUGCUCGUUAAUUUCCACAGACAUGGAGGUUGUUGCUUUCUUCACUUUACUUGCCUUCCUACCAAACGCCGCUGACGCUGGAAGGUACCAAGAAUGCCCCGGAGACUGGACACAGGUGAAUGUAAAAUGCUACAAAUUUGGGGAGGGCAGUCUCAACCGAGACGCUGCAUCUGAUCGAUGUAGAUACCGCUAUGGGGCUACGCUGGCAGUGAUUGAGAACAAGAAAGAGAAUAAAGUCGUCCAAGGUCUUAUCGAUGGCAACAGGAAUGCGUGGAUCGGUGUGCGUCUCAGACAUGGACAAUACAAAUGGAACGACGGAAAUAAGUUUCAAUUCAGAUAUGCUAAUUGGCUGGAUUCUUCUCGCAGUCGUAGCCUGAAGUGUGCAAGGAUGCUCGCUACUGGCUAUUGGUAUCCUGCCCAUUGCUUUUACAAGAGCCCUUAUGUAUGUUCGAAAAAGGCCGAUUGUGAACCUGGAUGGACUGGCGAUGAAUGUGAUCGCAAGUGUCACUGCUACCUGGGCUAUGCUUGUAAUGUAACCGAAACUUGUCCAUAUGGAUGUGAGACGGGAUGGGUUGGAGAUAUGUGCGACAAACGCCUACACAAACCUACAGUGUCUUUCUACUGUGUGAAACAAAGGGGAGGCUACUCUCUGAUGGUUUCCUUGGACCGGAAUGUAACCUCUUUCUCUAACAUCGGCGCCGUGAACGCUGAAGGGGAGAUCAGUCCUGAGUGUGGAUACCGAAGAUUUCAGUGGGAGAGUCGUGGGGUACUGCGAUUAAAAGCUUCGAUUCAAAACGUUUCGGGACUUUUGGAAUCAGACUGUCCUGCAGAAACAGUUGGUAAGGGAAUCCUGAAAUGGACGUUCAGGCUUCAGAAGAAAAAGGACGUGGUCUCGUUUGAAGACAAAGAAUUUCAAGUCAAGUGUGAUCUGUCUGAAGCUGAUGCUGUAUAUGAUGACACUGAGAGAGUCAAGAUAGAGGAGUUUCGGGAAAGGUCCCUAACAGCUGCCACACAGACUAGGGUCAGUGUUCGGACAUACCUAGCAAAUCCUGACACUCUGGACCCGGUCACAAAUCUCCACCUUGGUGUUCCAGUCAGACUGGUGGCCACGCUUCCUGAAGGGGAUGAUUUAGUCAAUCCGUUCUUUUACCCUUGGAGCUGUCAAGCUGCGUCUCCAGAUGGAAAGGUUACUGUACAACUGACCGACGACUCUGGCUGUUCCCUGAGUGAAGACAUCGGCUUUGGAGUAAUGCGCAUGGCCUCUAGUGUGAUCCAGUCGGAGGUAUUUCCCAUGUUUCGGCUGCCGGGGUACACCGAAGUGGUAUUCAGUUGUGCUCUUGUACCCACGACCUCUUUCAGAUAUGAGGUACAGGUUAGUAUAUACGUAUUACAAAGUGAGAGUGAAUAUUGGCUACCCCGCAAACAGCAAUACAGUUAUACCACGGCGAACUGUCGGAAAUUAUGUGACAAACUAGUGGUUGUUGAACAUGAGCAGUCAGCCACGCCCACCAUAAUGUUUAAUUAGCCGGUUGAUCCUUAUUAGCAAGUUUCAUGAUCAGCCUGUGGUGUUAGAUACCUCAUGUAUUGAUAGCCAAGUCCCUUCCACCGUUUUUAACCAAUCUGAACUAGAAAUAAAGGAAACUGGAUAGACCGCCUGAUCCAUUUCAUGUUUUAUCUGUGCAAACAAAUUCAGAGUGAGUGAGUGAGUUGGGUGUAUCGCCGCUUUUAACAGUAUUCCAGUUAUAUCGCGACGUGUCAACUUAAUGUGGGAGGAAAGCCCGAAGUGAUGUAGGUCUCGGACGUUUACCACUUCGGUGAAACCCACGAGCACGGUAAUGGCGCUUUAGACGAAUGGGCUCCAACCUUUGAUGUUUACAUGUCACAAUGUCUAAGGUACAAUCUACUGUCAUACAACCCUUGCUCAGGAGUUGUUUGGUCAAGGUUACAACGUUCAAGGCCCCAGUAAAGCUUUCAAAAAGACACAUGGUAGACAUGUUGAGAACAUUUCCAAAUUCACGCAUCAGUCACAAAAAUUGUGUCCGAUAGUAUUUCCUAUUGGACUUGUACCUUAUGUUCCCGUAUUUCAGUUU